AUGGCCAUCCAGAAUGCAAGUGAAGUUGAGCAGAUGCACCUGAUCCAAGUUGACCUGGUCCGGAGGAAUAUAUCAUUGUCACUGACCCAGAUCUUUGUGUGGCCGUUCAUUUACCUCAUCUUCUUCAUGCUGUUAACAUUCUCCAGGAAAGAAGCGUUCAGAACAGACACACGUUAUAUACUGUUCGGUCACUCUCUCCUUGUAGAUCUAAUGUUUCUUUUGCUGACAGAUUUAGUAGUUAUACUUUCAUACAAUGUUGUGUUAAUACCACUGCACUUCUGUGUCCCUGUUUGUAUGUUAAUUGAUACUAUAACAGCAUGUGCACCAUUAACCAUCAUGGCCAUGUGUCUGGAGCGCUAUGUGGCCAUUUGCAUGCCACUGCGACAUAAUGCCAUCUCCACCUCUAGAAGAGCACUGAUGGUCAUUCUCAUGAUUUGGAUUUUGAGCUUCAUAAUCCCAUUUGUCGAUAUGCUCAUCCUGGUUUCCACCGCUUCUCGUGAAUACCUGUCUCAAAAAACACACUGUCACUAUGAGAUUAUGAUCCCUGAAGGGAUUCGCUUUUUUGGCAGGGGUCUCUUGUUUAUUGUGGGGAUGUUGAUUAUCCUCAUCAUCGAGGUGAUUUGUUAUGUAAUGAUAUUCCUCGCCGCACUUGCGGCCUCUAGUGACAAAAAAUCUUCAUCUAAAGGACAACGCACAAUUUCCCUGCACAUCAUUCAGUUUUUUCUGUGUUCUGUGGAGAUUGUGUGUCCGUACAUUGAGAACGUAGUAAUGCAAUAUGACAUUCAAACAUAUCUGACUGUGCGUUUUGUCAAUUUCCUGGUGUUUAGUAUCACAUCACGAGCAGUAAGUCCUCUUGUGUAUGGUUUUAGAGAUGAGAAAUUCUAUGCAGCUAUGGUUUAUUACCUGGGAUGUAAAAUAAAUGUGAUCUCAUCUGACACAGAUAGAUAA